CAAUUGCGGCUGCGCGGCCAGGUGAGGCAAGAUGGCUGCGGAGCUGGGCGUGCGGGUCUUCAGGCCCUGGCUGGGAGCUGGGCUGGGUUGGGUGGUUCGGGCCCUUCUGUUGCUGCUGUGGUUUGCGGCCCGCGGAGGCGCGCUCUACUUUCACAUCGGGGAGACAGAGAAGAAGUGCUUUAUUGAGGAGAUUCCGGACGAGACCAUGGUUAUAGGAAACUACCGGACGCAGCUGUAUGACAAGCAGCGGGAGGAGUACCAGCCAGCCACCCCCGGACUGGGCAUGUUCGUGGAGGUGAAGGACCCAGAAGACAAGGUCAUUCUGGCCCGGCAGUAUGGCUCUGAAGGCAGGUUCACGUUCACGUCCCAUACUCCUGGCGAGCAUCAGAUCUGUCUUCACUCCAAUUCCACCAAGUUCUCCCUUUUUGCUGGAGGCAUGUUGAGAGUCCAUCUGGACAUUCAGGUGGGUGAACACGCCAAUGACUAUGCAGAAAUUGCUGCCAAAGACAAGUUGAGUGAGUUGCAACUACGAGUACGACAGCUGGUGGAGCAAGUGGAGCAGAUCCAGAAAGAACAGAACUAUCAGCGGUGGCGAGAGGAGCGCUUCCGGCAGACCAGCGAGAGCACCAACCAACGGGUGCUGUGGUGGUCCAUUCUGCAGACCCUCAUCCUCGUAGCCAUCGGAGUCUGGCAGAUGCGACACCUCAAGAGCUUCUUUGAAGCCAAGAAGCUGGUGUAGCCAUCCUUCCUCCCAGGCUGGGGGAGAAGAGGCCUCCUGGAACUGAUUUCUCUCUGGCAGGAGGACUGAUUCCCAGCCAUGGAUGUUCUGGAGGGAAGAGAGGUCACACGCACCCCAGGCACAAGCUAAGGGGAGCAGCUCAGCUGGCUAAUACUGAGCAGGUGGUGGGGCAAAUGCCUGCCCUCUCUCCUGAGCUCUGGGCCUUUGCAGUAAUCUCCUAGGGGCUAUUGAAGCCACUGGGAGCCCCACUGGCACCUCAGAAUCACAAUGUUACUGAUCAGGGAUGUGAGGCUGUUAUCUGGGGUGGCUGCGGGGAGGGGAGUGGGUGGGCAAGUCAGUUUACUUUUUGUCUUCCUUGCUAACUUGGGGUUUUAGGCAGGUUGGGAUAUAGCUGCGAUUCUCUGCCACCCUGAGAACCUCCUUGGGCCUAAAUCCAGCCUGCUGAUCCAGGGUGUGUGUGUAAAUUGAGGGUGGGAUAUAGAGGGGGUUGCAAAGUGGGAAAAUGGUCCUGAGAUUGACUCCAGGUUUUUCACUUGGGUGUCCUUUUUGGGGCUUGAGGAACUGGGAUCAGGGCAAGCAGAGGUCUUGGUGCUGGCUGGGGAUGGGGCCUGCAGAGUCUUAGUUACUGAUUUCAUUUUCAAUAAGUCUAGGUUUGUUACAUUGGUUUCCCAAUAAAAAAUUUAAAAAAGA